CUACUUUGAAAGUGGAAGUCAACCACGGAAGUCGACGGACCAAAAUUGUCCAUCUUCUAUCCUUUUUUUUUCAAUAUUGUUUUUUUUUUGAUAAAACUCGGAAGUUAGCCAUGAAUGCCUCCCAACCAUUUCUUGUUGCUCCGGAAACAAUGGAGCUCCUCCCAAACCUCAUGUCAUUUCUCUCCCAAUUCCUCCCAAAACUUCACCAGAAUGUCUUUUCUUCUCUCGGCUACACAGACUCCAAAAGCUCCCUGCAAUUUCCCCCAUCUAACCCCCCAUCCAUUCCAUUUCCACAACAAAUCAUCGAAAUUACGGGUCAUCAAUAUUGGGGAUCCCUCGCUGUUCUUGUUGAGGCUUCGAAUCAAGAGGUACCCGGAGAUAUUUGCAGAGCAAAGUAGGAAUUUGAUCGUUAAAGCUUAAGAUUAUAUCGAUUUUCCGGCCUUAUGAAUGAGUUAUGGAGGAUUUGGAAUGAUUGAGAUGAGCGGAACGAGGAUUCCCGUUCCAUGUUUGCUGUUGCUGAUUCUUGCAUUGGCGUCAUUUUGGCCCGUUUGGUGUGAAGAUGACGUGGAUGACUCCGAUGGCGAUGUUGGUGGGGGCAAUCAAGCUGCUGCAGUGCCAAUUGUUUCAUCUCUCAUAUAUACCCAAAUUUCGAACCUUACAAAGGUUUAUAACAAAGAUAUCAACAGGGAGCUUGGAUUUUGCAUUAAUGAUGUAGAUGCAGAUGUCAAUGCAGCCUUCAAUUUUUCCAAGAAUUUGGAUUUCAUGAGUAACUGUUACAAAGAGACAAAAGAUGUAAGACAACGACUAUGUACUGCUGCAGAGAUAAAAUUUUACUUCACCAGUUUUUUGGAUACAAGAUCAGCAGAGGUUCAAUUCUUAAAACCCAACCGUAACUGUAAUUUGACCUCUUGGGUUCCUGGAUGUGAACCGGGAUGGGCUAGCAGUGUUUCUACAGAUGAAAAGGUGGACCUUAAGAACUCCAAGGAUGUACCGGAUCGAACUCAAAAUAGCCAGCCUUGUUGUGAGGGUUUUUUUUGCCCUCGAGGUCUCACUUGCAUGAUACCUUGCCCAUUAGGUGCUUACUGCCCUCGUGCUUCACUCAACAAAGCAACUGGUGUGUGUGAUCCGUAUCAGUACCAAAUACCUCCUGGAAAGACAAACCAUACGUGCGGUGGAGCUGAUAUAUGGGCUGGCGACACAAGUAGUGAGGGGUUGUUCUGUUCUGCAGGAUCUUAUUGCCCCUCUACUACGAAAAAGAUAUCUUGCUCUAAAGGGCAUUACUGCAUGAAGGGUUCGACAAAGCCAAAAGCAUGCUUCAAGUUGAGUACAUGCAAUCCAAAAUCCGAGAUCCAAAAUCUGCACGCCUUUGGGUUCAUGAUAAUUGGUGCUUUAAGUUUUAUACUUAUAAUCUUUUAUAAUUUCUCUGAUCAAGUCAUAACAACUCGGUAUGCAAGAAUGGCCAAGUCCAGGGAAGCUGCAGCAAAACAUGCCCGAGAAACUGCACAUGCAAGGGAAAGAUGGAAGUCUGCAAAAGAUGUUGCAAAGACUGGGGGUUUAGCUGGAUUACGGCAGUUCUCUCGGACGUUCUCUAGGAAAGCUAAUAAUACAAAGCAAGCAGAUCAGUCGGGCCCAUCCCUACCUCAUAAAGACCCUGCAGCAGAAAAGAAAAAGGAACCAAACAACCUUACAAAGAUGAUGCAUUCAAUUGAAAAGGAUCCAGAAAAUCAAGAAGGCUUCAACAUGCAGAUAGGAGAUAAGAAUAUUAAGAAACAAGCACUUAAGGCUAAACAAUUGCAUAGUCGGACCCAAAUAUUUAAGUAUGCAUAUGGUCAACUUGAGAAAGAGAAAGCUUUGGAGCAGGUGCAGCAAAACAUGACCUUCUCAGGGAUAAUUUCAAUGGCCACAGAUGAAGAUAUCAAGACUAGGCCCACGCUAGAGAUUGCCUUCAAAGAUCUAACAAUAACUCUCAGAAAGAAGCAUAAACAUUUGAUGAGAAGUGUUACUGGGAAAUUGAUGCCGGGCCGGAUAUCCGCUGUCAUGGGUCCAUCAGGAGCUGGAAAGACAACUUUUCUUUCUGCAGUGGUAGGAAAGAUUACCGGCUGCACGAUAACAGGCUCAAUUCUCAUAAAUGGACAGGAUGUAUCCAUUCAGUGUUACCGGAAAAUUAUUGGUUUUGUACCCCAAGAUGAUAUUGUCCAUGGGAACUUGACAGUGGAAGAGAACCUCCGUUUCAAUGCACGGUGCAGGCUAGCCGAAGAUCUUCCAAAGGCUGACAAGGUCCUCAUCAUAGAAAGGGUCAUUGAGUCACUGGGUCUGCAGGGAGUGAGGGAUUCAUUAGUUGGGACUGUUGAAAAGCGUGGAAUCUCAGGUGGUCAGAGGAAGCGAGUAAACGUUGGAAUGGAAAUGGUCAUGGAACCUUCACUGCUAAUAUUGGAUGAGCCCACAUCUGGUUUAGACAGUUCAUCUUCCAAUUUACUUCUUAAAGCUCUUAGGCGUGAAGCUCUUGAAGGAGUAAACAUCUGCAUGGUUGUUCACCAACCAAGCUACACCUUGUACAAGAUGUUUGAUGACUUGAUACUUCUUGCCAAAGGCGGUCUUAUUGUGUACCAAGGAUCUGUUAAGAAAGUAGAAGAAUAUUUUAAAGGCCUUGGAAUAACUGUUCCAGAUCGUGUAAAUCCUCCAGAUCACUUCAUUGACAUCCUUGAGGGAAUUGAGAAACCACCUGAAGGGCUGACCAUUGAACAACUUCCUGUUAGAUGGAUGCUUUAUAAUGGGUAUCCUGUUCCCCCUGAUAUGAUGCACUUAUGUGAUGAGGCGGCAUCAUCAUCAAACGGUACCACACCGCCUCCGCAACCUCUUGCAGGAGAUAUGUGGCACGAGACUCGAGAUUCUUCACAUCACAACUUUUUGGCAUCCCACGACUUAUCUAAUCGAGCCACUCCUGGUGUGGGACGCCAGUUUAGAUACUACCUCGGAAGGACCACAAAGCAGCGAUUGCGAGAAGCUGAAGUACAAGCAGCAGAUUAUCUGAUCCUUUUGGUUGCUGGAGCAUGCUUAGGAACCCUUUCGAAGACAAAGGGUGACACAUUUGGAUAUUAUGGCUACAUGUAUAGUGUCAUUGCAGUCUCACUCUUAUGUAAGAUUGCAGCCCUGAGAUCCUUUACCUCAGACAAGUUAGAAUACUGGAGAGAGAGAUCAAGUGGCAUUAGCAGUUUAGCUUAUUUUCUUUCAAAGGAUUGUCUGGACCUUUUCAAUACUAUCAUAAAGCCCCUGGUUUUCCUUUCGAUGUUCUAUUUUUUCAACAACCCCAGAUCAACAUUCUGGGAGAACUACGUCGUUUUCCUGUGCCUUGUGUACUGUGUUACUGGAAUGGCCUAUGUAUUUGCAGUUUGCUUCCAACCCGGUCCUGCGCAGUUGUGGUGCGUUCUUUUUCCCGUUGUUCUGACUCUCAUCGCGAACCAGGAUGCGGAUGACAAGGUUGGGAAGUAUAUAGGAAGGUUUUGUUAUCCAAAGUGGGCUUUAGAAGCCUUUGUUACUGCAAAUGCACAAAGAUUCUCUGGAGUAUGGUUGAUAACCCGUUGUGGAGCACUAAUGAAGCUGGGUUACGAUGUUCAUGAUUGGACGAGAUGUCUUCUUCUGCUCUUGCUCACGGGCGCACUUAGUCGAUUGGUAGCCUUUCUUUGUUUAAUUAGUCUAGGAAAGAAAUGACUUCCUCACACCAUAGUCUUUUAGGGAUGACCUUGUUGUAUGUGCCACUCCUUUUGUACAAUGUAAUCAUAUAGUCUUGUAUGUCAUGUACUGAUGUAUAAUUGAGUGGCUUCCCUUUGGAUAGAAUGUACACCCCCGGUUCAUGUGACAUUGAAUUUCAAUGUCAUAGCAUGACCCGGGGCUCCUACAAUGCUCUAUUGAUAAAUUUGAUGGUUCGUUCCCCCUACACCCUCUGCCCCUUGUACCUCCCAUCCUUCGCCGCUUGGCCACCGUAGCCAAUCGUAGAGGGGGUGAAAACUAUCAAUUUUACCAACAAAGUCCCGUAGGAGACUCGGGUCAUCUUAUGAUAUUGAGCUCAAUAUUACAGGAACCGGCCUGUAAAAUGUAACUAGUUUCAUCUUUUAGAUUUCUCAACUAGAAGAACUUGUAAUGUCUUAUAGCUGUUGUGCCUUAUUCUCACUAUUGUACUUCUACCAAGAUGUUCACAAGUACUCCUUGUAUUAAAUUUGAUCUGCACAA